UUUGUCUUUUGGUCAUCAUGGUGACAACGCGCGACGCGGCGGUGGUCGCUGCAACUCUCGCGGCGGUCACGGCCUAUUCGUACUUGUCCGACUACAUUCUAAAGUGGAGAGGUGCGGCCUACCGUAAGAACAACCAGCUGGAAGUUGAGGAAGUCCACACCAACGACAUGGAUCACUGCGAUGACAACGUCCCUCGACGCAUUCGAAAAGCAGAAACAGUCCUCCAACGCCGCACGGCUCGAAUCGUUCUCGUCCUGGAAUCGAGCUGUGAUAUGUUCAACCAAAUGGCUGUGCUGCGAACGGCCGAAUGCUUUGGAAUUCAGCAUGUUUGGAUUGUCGAACCUGCCUUCUACAAGCAACACAAGGCAGAUCGCAUCAUUGCGCGGGAAGCGACGGAUUGGCUCUCCAUUCGCAGGUUCAAGACGUCUGCUGCAUGCAUCAAAGCGCUGCGAGAAAGUGGCUACGACAUCUGGACAACGGAAUUGAGUCAAGAAGCCGUGUCGUUGGAAGCCCCCGAGCUCAAGCUUCCGGAACGCGUGGCCAUUGUCAUGGGUCGGGAGGCGGAUGGAGUGAGUCAGGAUAUGAUUGCCGCGGCGGACAAGCGUGUAUACUUGCCGAUUCACGGGUUUGCCGACUCGUUGAAUUUGAACGUGGCGACGGGGUUGAUAAUCCAGCGCCUCUUCUUUAUCUGCCCCGAAGCUCGCGGUGCCAUGACCAAGUCUGAGCGCUCCGAACUUCGCAACGAAUGGUAUCGUCGCAUGGUCAAGGGCGACGAGAAGGCCGAGACAUUCUUGGCUAGUCCCCCACCUGCUUAUGCGGAUCUCCGCCGUCCAGACGAUCAUCGUGGCGCGUGGAUGGGCAGCAAGACCAAACGCAAGAUCCAAGAACGCGAAGCGCAAUUGAACCAAGCGUCAUCACUCGAGUUUUGAAUCUCAAUAAUCCGGAUAAACAUGGCGAUGUAUAGCAAUGUAUCCGAAUAAUAGUUAACCCAAUGAACCUCGGCACCUUCGACCAAC